ACCCAUACGACAUCGCCGCGACAAAGUCCGAGCACCAGCAAUCUCUCGCCGGUAACGACCACUGGUCCCACGGCGGCGAUCGCCGUCUUCCAUCGCCCGGUGGAGAACCUGCGCGGUUUUCCGUUCGGAUCGUCGGCGCCUUCCGAGUCAUUGACGGGCUCCCGUCGCAGUGCUGUGAUGCGAGCGCGCGUCCUCCGUUCAUUGUUCAAAUCCUAAAUUGCGGUGCUCUCUUGUUCAGGGUUCCUUGCUCCUUCGAUUUUCGAAUCGCCUAAAUUUCGGUUCUAUCUUGUUCAGCUUCUUCGAUAACAAUGUCCCAAGAUGAGCUCACCGACUUUACCGCCGCCGGCAACCACUACGAUAGGGUAGUAGAGGAGCAGAUGAUUGAAUCAAAGAAGAGGAGGGAGACAUCCCUACAAUACCUGAGGAGUAUAGAUGAGAAACUAUCGAGCGAGAUGGCUGAGAUCAAGGUCAAGAUUGAUCAAGUGUGCUCGGACGCUGAGGAAAAUGGACAACUAUCCCUAAAUGCAUUCCAAAGCCGCUCUGCAGAGUACGAGAACAAAUUGAAGAACGAGAGCGAGAAGCUAAACAAAACCUCUCGUGAUGAGAUGAUUUAUGGAGAUGAAUUUCAUAAAUUCGAAGCGGAGAAGGAAAAGUUCAUGGCAUGGCUUGAAGAAUCAAGAAAUAUGGGGAAGGAUAAGCUGGGAACAAUUGAUGAUCACAUUAAGCAAGUGAAUUACUGCAUUAAAAGGAGGAAAAAGGUCUAUGACGAUGCUAGGGCUUUGGUGAAGUUGGAUGCGGCAGAUUCGGUGGAUGAAAUGCGUGUGGAUCCCACAACCACAACAUCAACAUCAUAGGUCCCUCCCUCCCCGCGGAGCAGUUUAAAGCUGAUUGCUUGUUGAUUUUAGGGAACCAUUCAACUUCUUCCUCUGGGAACACAUUGUUGGAUAUUGAAAAUUUUGAUCAGGUUGCAAAUGCCCUAGCCACCGAGUUUGACUUGCUUUUGGGAACACUUGGAUGAUCUCGCAUGUGCCGUGACUACUUUGGCUUGUAUAAGGAUUUGAUUCCUACUCAACACUAUCUUUGGUUUGAUGACUUUGUUACGGAUGAUCGCAAAUGACUUUGUUAAC